CCCGAAUAACAGAUAUCUUUAUUCACCGAAAUUAUUCACCUCACCAGUGCUCAGUAUCAUGGCUAUCAUACCAAACUAUGGUGACUGGAUAACUUUUCCUCUUGAGCAGCUCUCUCCUGUAGAGCUCGAAUGGUGGAGCGACAAGACACAACAACAGGCCAGAUACUAUGUCGACAAGUGUUGGUUUGGUGACAGAGUGGACAACGCUGAAACUAGGGACGGUUACCGCAAUGGUUUGGCACCAAAAGGAGAAACACUUAUCUUCAUUGCUUCCGAAUACAUUGAGAGUAGGAUGCAGGGGGCGCCGCAUUUGAAGAACCUGCAUCUUAUAGACAUAAUGAGGGAAAAAUACAAUGACGAUGACCCCGCAAAGCGCUGGGCCUUGUUGCAGCUCAAUGAAAAGUUUCACUAUGGGCAAAACAAUAAGAAAACAUUUAGAUGGAUCGUAUACCACCCGCCUGCAAUCGCUGGUCGAGAGCGAAAGAUGUAUCAACAUCGUUUUGUAGAAAAUGUCGCUCUAAAAAUUGCAGACAUAGGUAUCGAACUAGCCGGAGUAGCAGUCACGACCGCUGCUGGCGCUGCCACAGGAGGCGACGUUCAAGUCAAGGGAGUCGUCCCCAUACUCACACGUUUCAAAAACCUCUUUGCAGCCAACCAUGGCCACAUGCUACACCAGUUCUCUUCUUCCGAGCAGGUCAUUUCCAAUCCACCCGAGCCUCAGCCCCAGGGUGAACAGGUUAUCUCCACCACGCUACAAGACGGCACAGUAGCCCAAAUCAUCGAGCGAGCUGAUAGCACUUUGCCCAAUGUCUCUUUGGUUGAACCGAUCAAAAUCGAAAUCAAAACCGUCGUAAACCCAAACCGGCGGAAUUUAACUGUGUUGCGAAGAAAACCAGGAGGAGCUGCGAUCCUAAAAACGCAACUCGGUGUUCGCAAUCUUGAGCACGAAGAGCAGUCUGAGUCCAUGGUUCCGAGAGACAUUAAGCAGAGUAAUCCUGGAGUUCAUAUCAAAAAGGAUAUACGGCCUAAGAAGCUAUGAGUGUUAUAUGUACAAAGUAUCGAUAGUUUCAUGACAAUACAUACGAUAGAAUUGUAAAAAUUGUUGUUUGCACUUGGGUAGUACUUGCUUACGUUGGUAAAGGAUGAGAAGUCGCUAGAUACCAAAUACUGGCUAUACACAAAAGGCAUGUAAUUAAUCGCCCAAAAAGACUAGAUGACAACAUGACCAAGGCAAAACGUGCUCUGCACUCCAAAUCACCCUGCACAAACUCCUCUCACAAAUUAUCGCCCAGUGGAACAAAAAAGAUCGAGUGGAAACACUUUUACCAUCUCAACCCUCCAUCACCCAAAACUCUCAUUGCCCCCCUGUCUCCUCGCCCUCGCCUGCACACCUC